AUGGCAACUCCGCGUCCAUCCACUUCGUAUAGUUACGCGUCGACGACUAGAACCUCAGGUCAAUAUGAAUACACCACAUCUUCCCAAGCCGGAGCCCUUUCCAUGCCGCGCCCCCCAACUAGUCGUCCCAGCAGUGGUCGUCCAAGUACCGCACGUCCUGGCACUGCAAGACCUAGCACGCGAAGAAGCUCGCGUACCGGAUCCACCAUUGGAGGAGGUGAUUCCCAGCAGAUCAUUUGCGCCAUCAGCGAAGGUCGUGGUGUUACUCCUACCGUGGGUCUAGCAUUUGUGAACAUAACCACUGGUGAGGCAGUGCUAAGCCAGAUUUGUGACAACCAAUUUUAUGCUCAUACCAUCAACAAACUCCAAGUCUUUGAUCCUACUGAAAUACUGAUCGUUUCUACUGCGGCUCCACCAAACCCAAAGUCCAAAAUGUUCCAGAUUGUUGAAGAAAAUGUCAUGGGAGCGACAAUUGUUGCUGUCGACCGCAAGUACUGGUCAGAAACGUCUGGGCUAGAAUUGAUUCAACAGUUGGCUUUCACCCAAGAUCUGGAUGCACUUAAAGUAGCAAUUGGUGGCAAUUACUUUGCAACCUGUUGUUUUGCAGCCGUAGGUCUUCGCUGGUAUUCUUGUUCUUCAUUCUUCGUAAUUGCUAAUUUCCUAUAAAGGCACUGAAAUAUGUUCAAUUGAAAAAAGGCGUGACCUUUGCCUUCCAUUCUCUUCGCAUCAACUACCAACCCUCGGAAGGUUCGAUGAUGAUAGACCUCUCAACAAUCCACUCUCUAGAACUCAUUCAGAAUCUACAAGACGCUAAAUCCAAGCACAGUCUAUUUGGGUUGAUGAAUGAGACGUUGACGCCCAUGGGUUCGAGACUCUUGCGGAGUUGGAUUCUUCAGCCUUCCACGCAACCCCACGUACUUCAAAAACGAUAUGAUGCCGUCGAAGAGCUAAUGACAGUUGACGGCAUGUUCUAUCAAACAAGAGAGGGUUUGGAAUCUCUACCAAUAUCUGAAGCUAACUAACUUUUCCACCAGUUCUCAAAGGCCUCCAUGACGUCGAAAAACUCUUGACUUUGGUACAUUUCUCUCAUUUAUACCCUUUGAACUUACUGACAGUUCUAGCUCAUCAUAAUUCCUCUUCACCCUGACCCUCGUCAUUCAGAGCAGUCGAUCAAUAACAUCUUGAUGCUGAAGAACUUUGUGGAAAUUGCACCAAAGCUUUUUGAAAUCCUAGGCUGCGCUCGUUCCCCUCUCCUCUGCGAAAUCCGUGACCAUUGUAAUCCUGACAACAUAGAUCCCACAAUCCAACUUAUUAAAGAGGUGAUAAACGAUGAUGUGACUUACCAGAGAAAGCCCUUGGAGUUACGAAACCAACGAACGUAUGCAGUCAAGGCUGGCGUCAGUGGGUUUCUUGAUGUCGCGCGACAGACUUUCAAGGAAUCCACUGAAGAUGUUCAUCAACAUGUCACCGGAAUCACUCGUAAGCCUUCGCAUUACUGGCCCAUACUGCUACUGACUGCUCCGCAGAAGAGUAUGAUAUUCAGGUAGAGACACGAUAUGACAAUGCUCGGCAAUAUUAUCUACGAGUCCUUGAAAGCGAGUUUGAUCAAAAGCCCAUGCCAGAUGUACUGAUCAAUCGGUUCCAAAACAAGGGAUACAUUGAAUGUCAAACACUGUUCUUGAUGAAACUCAAUCAAAGAAUUUCGGAUUCUCAUGCGGAAGUAGUAUUGACAAGCGAUAAAACCGUACAAGAAUUGCUAGACAAUAUUCGUGGUGAAAUAUCCAGCCUCUUUAAAGUCUGCGAGAGUAUUGCACUGCUCGAUAUGAUCGCAGGAUUCGCGCAUUCUGCCAUCGCAAACGACUACGCCAAACCAGAGAUUGGUGACUGCAUCAUGAUUGAAGCUGGUCGCCACCCUGUGAAGGAGAAGGUACGUAGAAUAUGAUUACCGCCCUUCUUGCCCUUGCUAAAGCUUUCUCAGGUAAACAAAGGCAAGUUUGUUCCUAAUGAUGUAUACGCCACUCAACAAUCUCGCUUCCAAGUCAUCACUGGUUGCAAUAUGAGCGGAAAAAGUACCUACAUUCGUUCCAUUGCUUUGAUGUGCGUCAUGGCUCAAGUUGGAAGUUAUGUGCCUGCUCAAUUUGCACGAUUCCCCAUAUUUCGGCAGCUUUUUGCCCGAGUAUCUGUGGAUGACAGCAUCGAAGCAAAUGUGUCUACGUUUGCGUCCGAGAUGAGGGAGACUGCUUUCAUCCUACGGUGAGUAUUGCAAUCUCGCGCUCGUUGAAGAACUGCACAGUAAUCUUUAUCUAGAAACAUUGAUGAGCAUAGCCUGGCCAUUAUUGAUGAACUUGGUAGAGGUACUAGCACGAGAGAUGGACUUGCAAUUGCAUUGAGUAUUGCCGAAACCCUCGUGGGAAGUAAAGCAAUGAUCUGGUUUGUUACGCAUUUCAGCGAGCUUGGUAAGUGUACCGUCCAUACCCUUAGUAUAUAUUUACAUUGCCUAAUAAUACUAGCGCAAAUCAUGCAGCACAGACCCGGAGUCGUCAAUCAACACCUAGCAAUCGAUACAAGCGAAGAAAAUACAAUGACCAUGCUCUAUAAAGUUCAAGCCUCGUAUGCCCAAGAAGAACAUUACGGUCUUGCUCUUGCUCGAGUUGUAGAUCUUCCACCACAAGUACUUGAGGUUGCGGAACGAGUUACCAAAGCCCUGGAUGACCAAGUUGAAGCCAAGCGAAAGUCUUCGAAGGCCGUUGCGAUUGCGAAGAGAAGAAAACUAGUGUUGAGUUUGAAGGAGACCUUGCAACAGGCAGCCGCGAGCUCAAUGGAACCAUCCGUCCUACUGAGUUGGUUGAGAAAGCUACAAGAAGAGUUCAUUCGAAGAAUGGAUGCCAUCGACAACGACAUUCCGAGUAGUGAUGAGGAAGACGACGAUGAGGAGGAUGAUGACGAGGAUCAGCAGGGGAUCACCGAAAGUAUGACUGGUACCAGUGGAGAUGUUAUGGGUAGUGGCCGUGAAGCAAAUUCGAUUCUUAGCUCGUGAUGGCGACGCUUUCCGAUGUAGGUACGGUUCGAGUUGCUGAGUUUAUUGCUAAACAAGAGUUGGGUGAUAGUUGUGGGGACUAGUCAGAAGCGGUUACGAGCUGGCGCAAGUGUGUUGCAAUGUUUGGCUUUCCAUAGGCUCGCAAUAGAAAACGACAAUACCU